CAUACUUGUUUGUCAUCUACUAUUCCAGAAUGUUUUUGACGAUGUUGAGGAAACGAGGACAAGUUUUCAUUCUCUAUGUCAAAAUGAAGAAAACACGUCGGCUGUCAAACGGCGUAAAGUGAUCUGUUGUGGCGAAAGAAGCGAGACUUUAUCGUCUGUGUCGACAGACAGUACUUUUCCUCAGACAUUACAAUCGGAUACCAUAGCCAAUAUCAAGGCUAACUAUUCACUUUCUUCCAAGAAUAAGAACAAUGUAUCACGAGAGGCUCUAUUGUUGGGAAUUUUUCAGGAAACUACUCUAAAGACGUCUGACUUUGAGGAAGUAGAGGAAGAUUUGUCAGGGAUGAAAAGAAAGACUCAAUGUUUCCAAUCUCAAGUUGAUACGAUGUCAAAUGCAUUUCGAAAUAAAGAGUCCAGGGAAAAGACUUGCAAGUUUAUGACCAAAGUAAGACUCGCAAAAGAGGUAAAAUUGAUUAGAAUGUUUCCUGGGCCAGCUGGUUUGAUACCAGACCAAGCGAAAAAUAGUAAUACAUCUGCUGUUCCGUCUUAUCCAAGCAGCAUUAACGAAUUGGAAGAUAAAACCACAGCUACCAAGAUGAAUCGGCACAUAAAGAUCAAAUCCCAAGAUGAGAAAAACUUGUUUGGAGAGAAAGCUUGGAAACUUUUAUUCAAUGACUUGCCAAAUAAUUUUUUACAGGAUUAUAAGAUAUCUACCAUUAAAAAUAAAGCAAAUGCUAGUCGUUGCGAUAGUACGAGAGUAAGAUUUAUAGCGGGUGUGUUGGAUUAUGUAGAUCAUAGUCACGACGAUCCCUUUGUUGUACUAAAGGAUUCGACGGAUAGUAUAGAAGGCAUCAUUCAUCGUGACAUUCCAUUAACUUAUCCUGGAAUAUUAGAGCCAAAUGUGGUUAUUCUUUUACACGAUGUAGGACUACUAAAAACUACAACGUAUGUAGUAACAAAUAAAUAUCAUAUUCUAGUGUCUUUAGUAAACUUAUUAGCUAUAUAUACGGAUAAAGGUCGGAUUGUAAGUACAUCUCUUAUGGAAAGUAUGUUAUCUAAUACUUGGAACACCGAAUUAAAUAAAAUUGACAAUUUCACGCCGGAAUCAGUCUCGGAACAAUCAUCUUACGUCUCUGGACUGCAAAAAAUGGAUAAAGGUCGUAAUGCACCUUCGCAAAUUAGUACCUCCAUUGAUCGUUCACCGUCCACCAAGGAUCACAAAUCUGAAUUGGCGAAAAAUCCAUUGUUACCAAAUUGUUCGACAAAAGAUGAGAAGUAUGGAAGUUGCGAGAAGAUUUUUAAAAACAAUGACAAAAAUGGCAAGGAUGAGAUGUGUGGGCGUUCCAACUUUUUCAGUUAUUCGAUGGAUACGGACGACGUGGAUAUGGACGGUUUUUUUACUACCGACUAUGAUUUUACAACUUUGGAUGAGCAAAAUUGUUCGUCAUCCAAAAGUAUUUCGCAAACCAACGAAGUUGAGUGGCGCGACUCGCAAGUGCAAAAUACGAGGCACUUUGAAAAUACAAAAAAAGAAUCAAUAAGAAAUGUUGAAGAGCAGAUAAAGAAGCAACACUUACGUGAAAAUAAUUUCUCGUUUUACAAUGAUACAGCAUACAGAGACUUGAAUUUAAAUAAAGUGAAAACCACACUGAUAGAACAUAAUGCAGGAAAUUCAAAAGCUCUGAUAAGUUAUUUUACUAAUGAUAAAUGUGACGAGUACGACUCGGACGAUGAAAUUUUGUCACAAUUGAACGUAGACAACAUUUUUGACAAACUGAAGAAUGAUUGUUAAGAAGAAAGCUGAUGACAGAGAAUGAGAUAUAAGUCAUGUACACAAAGGUCUUUCAUCACUUACUAUUUUUCUUUUAUUAUCCUACAAGUUCAUGAUAAACUUGUUCCUUUCGUGUUCUUUGCCAUCUGCUUUAUAAUUACACCAACGCGAGUCAAACUGAAUUUAGAUCGCAAUAUUAAUUAGUAGUGUAUUUUAUCAAAAAUACAAUUUGAUGUUACUAUACGUUAUAAGUUAAAAGAUAAAAUAAGAUUCGUAUUGUUCAUGCGCGCGCGUGUGUAUAUAUAUAUAUAUAUAUAUAUAUAUAUAUAUAUAUAUAUAUAUAUAUGUAUAUGUACGUAUGUGUAUGUAUAUUUGCAUUUCUCAGAGUUAAGUCUGUAGAUAAAGCUAUUCACAAGAUAGUAUUUGUGAGCUUAUCUCUUAAUUGGCUUUAUAAAAUAUUAUCCAUUUUAAGUCAGGCGUGUUGUAAAGUUAUUACAGCUUGUUCGAUAACGAAGUAGAGCUUGUACGAUUCGACAGCGUCAGGAAAAAAUGUCAAUUACGUGUUAUAACUUUAUAAUGUUGUACAUAUCAGAGUGUUACGAUGUCAUGAGAUAUAAUAUACAUAAGACAUACAUAUGUAUAUUCAAAUCUUUGUCGAAAAUGUGAUAAAACAUGUAGCAGUGUGCACACUAUGUCUGUUGAAUUCAGAGACAGAUUGUAAAUUGAUUAAAUAUUUCUAACUAUAUAAUAUAAUAUAUAUACUUA